UGAUAAUCAGCCCCACAACGAGAGACGCUCAUAGUGUUGUUACUCCUCCUGUCACUAUAAUGUGUGACCUGACGACAUCAUUCUCGCGGUCAAUAUCCGGUCAAAUGAUGGCAGGUCCAGACGUCCCUCGCUCCUGACAGGAGGUAGCAAGCACGGCAGCUGGAAGGAUGGGAUGUGAACAGAGAUGCAAAGACCGGUUAGUCGGCGGUGUUGAACGUUUCGAGCUUUCAGCCACGUUACAAGGAUGGCAAGGGCACGCAGAUCUCUUCACAGUUGGAACUGGCCCCGGUAGGUUCAGCGAGGCAACGGCCAGCCCAAAGUCUCUUGGAAAGGUCAUCUCCCCGCAUGGUGGAGGUGCUCGCUUGCGCCCGUCAGCAAAAGCAUCAAAUGUUAUUCGCAGUGAUCUUUUACUGGCCCAGGCGAAAUUGACCGAACAGCACCUCUGCAAUGCAAAAAUUCUUGCAUCUGCGUACAAACCUCAUCUCCCGUCGAUCAAAGUCUCUAAAGUAACAUGUUUGAUGCUGCAUCGGAUCCGGGUUUUCAAGACUGGUAGUGCGCGGAGUGGAAACGCGGACGGACUGACAAACUCAAAAGAGCACGACCCCGAAGUUGGCUCCCAGAGGGUUCCCGCACUGAUCUCGGCUGGUACCGAGGAGCUCCGACGAUGACAGCUUCCGGCUGAAGUUGUGUGAUCAACUUUCGACACCAAAGUCUACCAACUUGAAUCGCAGUUGCAAGAUGACAUCGGAUAUGGCUUUGCCGAGAUCUGUCUGUGUGACACUGCUAGCUCCUUGCGCAAGAAUUGACAAGCAUCUCACCACAGACGAGGGUGAAUCAGCCCAAAGAUAUCAGCGUGCUAGCAUGAAUCGGAG